AUGGGAAAUGCUCCGAGCAAGGGGUUCGUGCACUCGAACAACGACUAUCAACUAGCCAUCGAGGCCUCCAAGGAGCUCGAAUAUCUGCUUGAGAAAGAGUUUAAUGCACACGGCCAAGGGCUGCACGAGAAGGUGUCGUCCGUGGAGAGUGCUAUCCCGAUUCCCACAGUCCGUUCCAUUCGCUUUGUUGCAACGUUGCGCAACCGACUAAUCCACGACCGAGAGAUGCGAGCGCUACCUGAUCGCCAGAAAUUCAUCAGCCGGUUCAACGACGCCAUGGUGGAGCUCAACAUCCUCAUCGACAAGAAGCGACUGGACGCACAUGGGACGCAGACCUCCGAUCCAGGAUGCGUCAUCUCCUAA